AUGCUUGCUCGGCAGGUUCAUAGCGCUCACUCCAGCGUGCAUCAUCUAUGGGUCGAUAGGACGCAGAGUGUCGUACCGCUCACGGCGCAGACCUGCUGCCCCCGGCGAUACCAUGCGCCCACGCUUGCGCUUACCUCCAGGACUGGAACCUGUGGCGGUGGCUCCGGCAGCAGAGCGUCAAAGGCUGGCCCCAAUGAGCCUCAGGCAACACCUGAGGCAACCAGUAACGCACCGUUGGGAACUCCGAGAGGAUCCUCGUCCCAACCGCUUGCCGACCGGGCCCAUUCACCCACCCAAACAGACAGCUCGGGAGUGGGCGAGGUCUCAGUCGCUCCGCAGCUCGCCUCCGCUGCCCUAUGGCAACCCUCCGUCACAGAUCCGCCACGGCGGGAGGAGUUGUCAGUGGGCGCUGGCGGUGGCCGUGGCGCCGAUCGUCCACUGCUGGUUAGCGAAGCCGCCACUGCCACCACUGCCGCCGCCGGCUGCAGCUCCGCCGCUCCUGAGCCAGGGCAACACGGCGGCGCUAGGGAAAAGCAGCAGCAGCAGUCCCGGCGCAUACGUGAAAGCUCGAAGUCCAGCGAACCGGUGCACGUGGAAGCGCAAUCUAGCAGCGCUCCAUCUCUUCCGCAGGCCGCCGGCAGUUGGGAAAUUAUGGAGCACGACAACGCACAGCAAACCAGUAGCGUUUUAGGAGGCAUCGGCCCCGGCAACUGGGAGACAGACGCAACUGGCGAUGGCGGCGCAGGGACGGAUGCUACUGCCGAUGUCUUUGGACUGCCUUUAUGGCUGGAUGGCGCCUCCGCCAGCUCGCUUGACAGCUUGGUUCCCGCCAGUGUAACCGCAGUUGAUGAGGGAAAACUUGAGGAGAUCGACUGGGAACAGCUGGAUUUCGAGCGCGCAUGGCCGAGGACCUUCGACCUCUCUACCGUCUACAGCGCCGCGUCCGCCACCACCCCUGGCAGCAGCAGCGGCGGCUCUAGCUUCAGACGCCGACGACGUGGUAGCGGCGGUGAUUGCCUCGAUGACGAUGAGGAUAUGUGGGAGUUUGGGGCGUACAUGUACGACGAGCAUUCUGACAAUGGUGUCAGCGGGGCGCCAGCCGCUGCGCGGCGCUACCAGGACGCCAACCUUUUCGCCUCUCAUGCUCAGUCCUUUUCAGGAGGGCUGGCCCGCCGUGGCGGCGGCGGCGGCAGCGGCAUAGCCACUGCCAACGACACAGGCAACGGAGGCGACAUUUGGCCCCAGCGGCGGGGCCGCGACCGCCGAGGCCGCGCCAUCGGCCGCCGGUGGCAGGACACCUGGGAUGACUGGGACGGGCCCGGCGGCGGCCAGCUAGGCGACUGGGGACGCACCUGGGCUGCGGUUAGCACCCGGCUUCCGAGGGUUGGCUUGUCGGUGGCGUUUCCGCUCCCGCCAGCCGGGUGCGCGGCCACAGAGGACAAAACAGCCGCGGCAGCGGACUCCGAGCCGCCACCGCUAGUGCUGGCGGCGAAGCAGUCGGCAGCGGUGAAGUCACCAGGAACUGCCGACACCCCGGCGCCACCGCCGGCGACGAGCCCCAAGGUAGCUAAGCCUAAUUGGGCGACAGUAACCUUGUCAUACAACUUUGGGUCGAGCUUCAAGCUGCUUGAGGAAAAAGCGGUGACGAGAGAAGUGCCUUUACCGGAGGAGCUGCUCCUCCUGGCGGGCCGCCCGCCGGACAGCGGUGCCGGCGGCGGCGGUGGCGGCGGCGGCGGCGGCCGCUCUGCCGUGGAUGCGUUGUUGCCCGGCUGUACUGCGUACACUAUCGCUGGCGACUACCACGUCUUGCUGGUGCAGGAUGGUCGCUCACUGGCCCCUGCCGUGGCCUGGUUUCGUGCCUCCCUCGGAGAGGAUCGGGUGGUGGGCAUCGAUUCGGAGUGGCCACCCACUUUUAAGACGGGGGAGGCGCCCCAGCUGGCGAUGCUGCAGUUGGCAACCUCCAGCCGAGUGCUGUUAUUGCACAUCGCACGGAUGCGGCGCAAAGAAGUGAUAGCCCCCGGCGGACCCAUCCACGUGCUCCUCUCCGACCCGUCCCUCACGUGGGUGGGCUCGGGCUGGUCCAACUCCGACCGCACCAUCGUGAAGGGGGCCUUUGGCGGCGCGACACUGCCGCCGGCGGUGGUGGACGUGCAGGUCGCGGCGCGGGCGGCGGGCUGGGGACGUGUGGGGUUGCUGGCGCUGGUGAACGACCUGCUGGGCAUGCGGGAGUUCCAGAAGCCGCGCAAGCUUUCCAUGUGCAACUGGGCGGCGGCGUCCCUGUCGGAGCGACAGGCAAGAUUGUGGUGGUGGGAGCGGCGCGGCCCGGGGGGCCGGAGGAUGCAUGCGCCAAAGGAACAUGCAGCCAUGCCUUCCGGGCCGCCGAAUGUCCUGGCGCAAGCUGUGUCCGUUCGUAGUGCGGUGUGUGAACACUGCGGUCGCACUGUCCAGCUGUCAGACAAAGGAAACGCCGCCGGCAGCGAUAACGACGGCGGCGGCGUCGCCGCUGCGGCCGCGAAAAUGGCGGUGGUGGCUGCGGCGACGAAAUCCUCGGCGCGCGGUGCUGACCCACGGGUCAAGGCAUCCACGGGCCCCGCUGCCAGGCCAACAUCCAAAUCCGGUUCACUGAGGACCUACUUGCAGGGCGUUGUGGACGGCAUGCAGCUGCAGAAAACAUCAGAACUGCCGGGGAGGAGAUCCCGGAGGCUGCUGUUCGUACCAGACCUGGAUCCAAGCUCAGACACGGAUUCGAAGCCAGGCUCGGACGAGGAUUCAGGGUUGGCUUCGGGUAUUGCCUCAAACAGAGAUUCUGGCAGUGGCAGCACGCUUGGCGAAGGAGGGGACCGGGGCGGGGAGCCGUUGUCGCCGUCACCAGCGGCGGAGGCGGUGGUGGUUGGCAAGAGCAAGAGCAAGAGCAAGCGUAAGAAGAAACGUGCGGCGCAGCCUGUAGCCGUGAGCGGCGCGUCAUCGCCAUCCUCGUCGUCGCCGUCGUCUUCACGGCAGCAGGCGCUUUGGGACGCUUUUGAGGAUGCCUCCCCGGCUGCUGCUGCCGCGGUAGCCCUGGUCAUGUCUGGCCAGGAAAACAGCCGCAGCUGCACAGAAGCAGCAGGGUAA